UCCCCCUCCGCUGAGUAGCCCUCGUUUACUCUCGCGCGAUCUAUCUCAUUCCCCCAAGAUAGAGAAUAGAGCGACUAGGCGACGGCCGGCACAGCGCGAGAGUACGUCUGCUGGGAUGGCUUCCGGCGGCGGCGUCGCCCGCGGCCACCUCGCCGAGGAGCGCAAGUCCUGGCGCAGGAGCCACCCCCACGGCUUCGUGGCCAAGCCGGAGACGCUGCCGGAUGGGUCCGUCAACCUAAUGGUCUGGAACUGCAUCGUCCCCGGCAAAGAAGGCACUGAUUGGGAGGGAGGAUAUUUCCCUCUGGUUCUUAAUUUUGAUGAAAAUUACCCAACUAGCGCUCCUGUCUGCAAGUUUCCUGCUGGCUUUUUCCAUGUCAAUGUCUACAAUACGGGUGCAGUGUGCCUGUCCAUCCUUGGUAACGGAUGGAAGCCUUCCAUCACCGUGCGCCAAAUUCUCAUAGGCAUCCAAGACCUGCUUGAUAAUCCAAAUCCAGCAUCCCCUGCGCAGAAUUCAUGUUAUGAGCUCCUUGUGAAGAAUUUGCCAGAGUACAAGAAUCGUGUUCGUCAGCAGGCCAAGCGGUAUCCUUUGCAUGUGUAGCAGUGAACAGCUUUCAGCAACCAAGAUGGUAGCUAAUAACCAAGCAUUCGUUUUGCCGGAGUGGAUCGGAACUUGUAAUGCUUGUGCUUAUUAUUCAUUAUAAGACUAAAUGCAGUGAUUAUAAUGUGGCAUGGGAAAUUGGCAACUUACUGUUGGAACUGCUAAAAUACAGUAGGAAGUACCGGAGGUACAUCUUAGCGUCUGUUCGGCUUAUCAGCAAUUCAGCAUCUUACUGUGAUGCCUAUAUAUACGGCGAGCGAAAGCCUUUUGUUCUA